CUCGCCGCCAAUGCUCCCGUCGGUGGCGUCGAGACUGCCGCCGCCCGCGGCCGUGGACGAAGACCUCCAUACCAUGCGUACUCCUGAGGAAAUCGACAGGCAGAUGUACCUUCUCUCGAACGACCACACGAAGCUCUCUCCAAGCAUGUCGUUUCGGUCUGACAGCAUGUCGUCGUCCUCGUAUGGAUACGAAGAGCGAUACACGACGCCGCAGAUCAAGGCGAGAAGCACCAUGCAGGUCCUUCGAAGUGUCGAUGAUGGGACGCAGAGUUUGUACGAGCGAAGCGCGCCACGAACGUCCUUCUCCGCAGUGAUACCAAUGCUUGAAGAGCCCGAGCGCCAAACCAUGUCGUACGAAAUCACGCGGAUGCAGAGAGGGGUCAUUACGACGGGGGUGCUCCAUCGACGACGCCGCGGCAAGAUCGGCUGGAUGGAGCGAUGGACGUCGAGUCAUUUUGUUUUAUGCACGCAGUAUCUCAAGUACUACAACCCCAGCGGCGAAAAGCUCUUGGGCCUCCUGUCCCUCGCCGGGUGCACUGAAAAAAGCGUCGAAGUUAUGCCGAAAGACUCUGUGCCGAAUGGCAAGCAAGCAACGAUCUGGCGGUUCGCCCUGAAUACCCCCCAGCGCCGAAUCGUUUUGUCUGCAGCGACCGAGUACGAAAUGAAUAGCUGGUUACGGCACCUUCGAGCGGCCAUUACAGGAAAAGCGCCAUCUUUGGUCCGAGAUACUCGCACCGACAGCGUCAUGCCGAUCUGCGACUUAACGUACGACGACUACGGCGCUGACCCGAUCGAACUCGUUCGACCCACCAGCAUGAGCCUCCACCAUUUUAGUCUUCACUCGUCGCGCGCGUGUUAGUUACUAGCCCCAUCAAGUCCGCCCGCGUGUGGUUGCAGCUGCCGCUCGCGCGGUCCCACCUAAUAUUAUGCGUCCAUCCCACAUCGUGAAGCUUUGCGUCACUUCUGGCCGCACGAAAAUACCCGUCGUGCCACACACCUACGUCGCAGCCAUCGUUUGUCCUUGGCGAAGCCGGCCUCGCUGGCAUGUUGUUUGAUUCAAAUCACACGCUAUGCUACUAUGAGCUCGUCGAGUUUAAAGGUCUUUGUGACGAGAGCGCCUGAACUUGGACGUCGUGGGAUGAAGCUACACAAUGCGGCCAGCCCCAAACACUCCCAUCAUGUGGGACGGCGUUCGGCACGCCAUGGGUAUCGGCAUCCC